AUGCCGCCAAAGAGCGCAAAGAGGCUGAAGGGCCAGGUCCAGCCUGAAGCUGCAUCUUCCCGAUCUUCUUCUACGAGACGCUCUGCCCGUUUCAACCCCGCUGCCACCCUUAGCACCUCCUCUAAAUCCGACCACUUCUCGCUCACUGGUAACCAUGAAUCAUCCGACCUCCCUUCUCACCGCAAUCUCGGCGAAUAUGUAAGAAACAAGCAGGGUGGUAACGAGCGCGACUCGAUCUCCACCCUCUCAACAUCAAAUGACCUCAACGAGGGCAGCGACUACUCCACCCAAGGCACAAGUGUUGCUGUAACACCUGCGCCCGUAGCUUCAGCAUCCGUUGAAAGAAGGGGCCGCACUCGCUCCACCAUGACUUUCGAGUCGGCACCGACCGUCGACCCUUUGGCUCGCGCUGCAGCUUUGCGCAACAGCCAAUACUCUCUGAUUCCUACGGCCCAGAAGCGCAAGCGAAUCGCGGACUCGUACGAUGAUGAAGAUGAGAAUGCCGACGACGAUGACAGUCCAGAUGCUCAGCUCGCACGUGCCCUCCAGGCUCAAGAAGAUGAUGCUGCCAACUCGAUGGCCGUGGAUCUUAACGACGAUGACUCUGUUGUGUCCGAUUCCGAUAAGGACGAUGAUGAGCUGGCCACCCGAGCGCUCCCUUCACGUAUCGCCAAGCUUCCCAAGGUGAUGCUUGCUCCCAAGGGCUCCAAUUCAGUCAAGUUCGCCACCAGUUCCGCCGCAAAAGGCAAGGGCAAGGCCAAGGUCAUCCAGGACUCUGACGAGACAGAUGGCUUUGUGGACACAGAGGAUUCUGACGAGUUUGAUGAUGACUCAGAAGAUGACAUUCCACUCUCCACCGUGAGUAGAAGACGCGCUGCUGUGGUCAACAGCAGACCCAAGACCAAAGCUUCCCGAUCUCUCGCUCCUGGCAAGUCCUACAAGAAGUCGAGGCCAUCUGGACUCAAGACGCAAGACAACAAGGCGUCAACUGCCAGCCGCACCCUUUUCGAUUCUGAGGAUGCCGAAAGUGACACCAUCGCAAGCGAUCUGGACUCUCCCCUUUCUUCUGAUCUCGACUCGGAUGCAUCUGAUGACGACUCUGACGCCUUACCAGCUGCCGCUUCUCGCAAUCCUGCCUCCCGCACUCGUGCCAUCGUUAGGAGAGACGGCCAGACUUCCAGAGGUAUAAGAGAGCGCGCAAAACUCGAAUUUCACCACCCCGAAAUUCUCACAAUGUGGGAUGACUUGGAGAAGUCACCAAAGAUUGGAGACCACCCGAUCGAGCAGCCUACGACCAUCAACCGGGAGCUCAAGCCUUUUCAACUGCAAGGUGUCGGCUGGAUGAUCGCGAUGGAGAAGACUGCCUGGGGAGGAGGUCUGCUUGGCGAUGAGAUGGGUAUGGGCAAGACCAUCCAAGCCGUCUCGCUCAUCAUGUCCGACUGGCCUGCUAAGAAACCCUCGCUCGUUCUGAUUCCUCCUGUCGCUAUCAUGCAAUGGCAACAGGAGAUUGCGGACUACACGGAUGGAACCUUAAAGACUUUCGUUUACCACGGCACAAACGCUGCUGUCAAGGAUGUCACUUACGAGAAGCUGAUGAAGUACGAUGUAAUACUCAUGUCGUACAACAGCCUGGAGUCCAUGUACCGCAAGCAAGUGAAGGGCUUCAAGCGCAAGCAUUCAAUUUUCAAGGAGGAUAGCGUUAUCCACCGUAUCAAUUUCCACCGAGUCAUUCUUGACGAGGCUCACACUAUCAAGUCUCGCACGAGUGGCUCUGCCAAGGCCUGCUUCGCUCUGAAGGCAGAUCACAAGUGGUGUUUGUCUGGAACUCCCCUUCAAAACCGUAUCGGCGAGUUCUUUUCUCUCAUUCGUUUCCUCGAUAUCAAGCCAUUCGCAUGCUAUCUCUGCAAAAAAUGCCCCUGCUCUACUCUGAACUGGGAUAUGGAUUUGUGGAAUCGAUGUAAGGGAUGCUCGCACGGCGCCAUGCAGCACGUUUCGGUCUUCAACCAGGAGCUCUUGAAUCCUAUCCAGAAAUUUGGAAACGUAGGACCUGGCGUUGAGGCUUUCCGAAAGCUUGGCAUCCUCACAGGUCGCUUCAUGCUCCGUCGCGUCAAGCGUGAUCAUUCUUCCGCCAUGGAGCUUCCAGCCAAAGAAAUCUAUGUUGACCGUCAAUUUUUUGGCGAGGAGGAGAAUGACUUUGCCGGUAGCAUCAUGAGCAACAGUAAUCGCAAGUUCGAGACCUAUGUCGCUCAGGGUGUGCUUCUCAACAAUUACGCCAACAUCUUUGGUCUGAUCAUGCAGAUGCGACAAGUCGCUGAUCACCCUGAUCUGAUCUUGAAGCGUAAUGGUGAAGGUGGUCAGAAUAUCCUUGUGUGCUGUAUCUGUGACGAGACCGCAGAGGAGGCAAUUCGAUCCGCAUGCAAGCAUGACUUUUGUCGCGAGUGUGCUAAGAGCUACCUUGCCUCAUCUGACACCCCCGACUGCCCCCAGUGCCACAUCGCCCUCGCCAUUGACCUGGAACAGCCCGACAUCGAACAAGAUGAGCACCAAGUCAAGAAGUCUUCGAUUAUCAACCGAAUCAAGAUGGAGAACUGGACCUCCAGCUCCAAGAUCGAGACCCUGGUUCACGACCUGCACGAGCUCCGCUCCAAGAACAUGUCCCACAAGUCUAUCAUCUUCUCUCAGUUCACCACCAUGCUCCAACUCGUCGAGUGGCGUCUCCGCCGCGCCGGUAUCACUACUGUCAUGCUCGAUGGCUCCAUGACCCCCGCCCAACGCCAAGCCUCGAUCAACCACUUCAUGACCGACGUCAAGGUUGAGUGCUUCCUCGUCUCCCUCAAGGCCGGUGGCGUCGCUCUCAACUUGACUGAAGCCUCGCGAGUCUUUAUCGUGGACCCUUGGUGGAACCCAGCUGCGGAGUGGCAGUCUGCUGAUCGUUGCCAUCGUAUUGGUCAAGGUCGGCCGUGCAAGAUUACGAGAUUGUGUAUUGAGGAUUCGGUUGAGUCGAGGAUGGUAUUGCUGCAGGAGAAGAAGGCGAGCAUGAUCAAUUCGACCAUCAACUCUGACCAGAAGGCCAUGGAGAGCCUAACUCCAGAGGACAUGCAGUUCUUGUUCCGCGGAAGCUAG